AUGUCGCACGCCAUGCAGGCCUUUGCACACCCCUUGGAGGAGUCGGUCAAUAGCAGUGCAGAGGCCCUCAUCACUAGGGAGGCCGUCCAAAGGCUCGAGGCGGAGCUGGACAAUGGGGAGUCCAUCCAGGCCCUGCGGCGUUUCAACAACCUGCUGCAGAGCCUGCCGGCAGACAGCUGGGAGGGCAAGAUGAGGCGGGUGAUGGGUGAGCUGGCGUACAAUCUGGAGUCGUUCAACCCGGCGUUCACGGCGGUGCUGCUGAAGGUCCAGUCAACCAUCGGCCACUCGGACUAUGUGGCGCGUGACAUGGCGCUCAAGAACCUCAUCCAGCCGCUCGCCGGCGAGUACGGCAUGCACAACGGCCAGGCGCAGGGCAAGACGCACCGGGAGCUGUUCUCGGAGUUCUACGCAGACCUGCUGCGGCAGCCGCUGGAAGCCGCGCUGGCCGCCGAUCCGCGCCCGGCCGCGUCGCUGCACCUGUUCCAGCGCAUGAUGGCCGACAUCAUGUCCGGCCCCGGCACCGCCGACCCCAUCCAGCAGGCCUGUUAUGCCAUGGGCUACAACCUGGCCAUCGAGUACCUGGCGGACUAUGAGAAGACCUGGAUGCUGGACAGCUUCAGGGCACUGAAUGAGCGCGUCCUGGUGCCCCAGCAGAGGGGCCUCUCCCAGUGGAUCUUCCUCGAGGUGCAUGCCGAGGGAGAAGCAGAGCAUGCAGCGAUUGGGCACGCAGCGGUGGUGGGCUUUGUGCCAGCCGAGUGCGAGAGCAUCCUGCGGAAAGCCAUGCUGGACCAUGACAGGGAUUUUGCUGUGUUCUACAACAGGCUGGCCGACAUGUUGGAGCAGUGA